UUUUGACAGCUAUUUUAUUUACAUUUUAUGCUCCUUCUGAGGUACGUAUUUCUUGUAAAAAUUUAGUUUCUUUUGGUACGAUUUUAAGUUUAUGUGCUUCUGUGCGCUUUGGAGUUUGAAGUUGUAGCACUACUCUAACUAGCAAGUUGAUUGUAAUAAGCGCUUUCCAAGAUGCUGCGUGUUUUGCAACGUUCCUCCCGUAUGGUGGCUCCAGCAGCCCGUAAUUUCAGCAGUGAAGCUGGCAACAAUAAGUUGGUAAUAACAGAAGUUGACGAUAAAACGGGGUAUGCCACUGUUACAUUAAAUAGGCCACCGGUAAAUAGCUUAAGUCUGGAAUUGCUACGAGCCAUCUCGCAAACACUGGACGAUCUACAAAAUAACAAAUCCCGUGGCAUGAUACUAACUUCGUCGUCCAACACCGUGUUCAGCGCUGGUUUGGACAUCAUGGAGAUGUACAAACCGAACCAGGAACGAUUGAGAGACUUUUGGUCCACCCUUCAAGAUGUGUGGUUCAAGCUGUACGGAUCACCAUUUCCAACUGCAGCUGCUAUUAAUGGUCAUGCACCGGCCGGAGGGUGUCUGCUAUCACUUUGCUGUGAGUAUCGCGUGAUGUGUCCUAACUAUACGAUCGGGUUGAACGAAACGCAGUUGGGUAUUGUGGCACCGACCUGGUUCCAAGCAUCGCUUCGCAACACCAUCUCCCGACGAGAGUCCGAAUUAGCGCUGACGUUAGGCAAGAUGUACACCACGGACGAAGCACUGAAAGUGGGGAUGAUCGACGAGAUUGCAGAGAACAAAGAGAAAGCGUUGGAACAGGCCGUCGCCUUUCUGAAUCGCUUCCGCAAGAUUUCUCCCAUGGCACGUGCAAUGACGAAGCAAGCGCUGCGCAGCAAAGACAUCGUCGAGCUGGAAGACAACCGCUCCCAGGAUAUCGAUCUCUUUGUCUAUGCCGUUAAUCAGCCUGCCGUACAAAAAGGGCUGGAAGUUUACCUCGAAAGUCUGAAGAAGAAAGCGCAAAAAUGAGACAACAUACGGAUGGGAAGGGUCGUGCAGCCGAGCAGAGUAGCAACAUCCACUUAGCAUUUUUCUUGUAACUCUUUUUUUCUUAUCUUGAAAGUGGAUGAAAUAUACAUUUUUUAUAAACUAUAA